AUGUCAGAAGGAGGAUUGCGCAACCAUGUCAGCAGCAUCUGCAGCACAUGGGGCAGAGAGCACUUCAAGACGUUUGACGGUGAUGUAUACCAGUUCUCUGGCGCGUGCGAAUACAACCUGGCCUCAGACUGCCACAUGUCCAUGCAGGAGUUCUCAGUGCACAUAAGGAGGGAGCAGAACAAUGGGAACCCGACUGUCCGCUACGUCGUGGUCUCCAUCAAUGACCUUGCCUUCCAUCUCACAAAGGAAGUGGUCACUGUUAACGACCAACCGGUAUCAAUGCCAUACUAUAAUGGUGGAGUACAAGUGGAAAAUAAUGCUGUCUACAUCAAACUGCAGUCUAAAGUUGGCCUCGUUGUCAUGUGGAAUGGUGAUGAUGCUGUCAUGGUGGAGGUUGAUCGUGACUAUGCUAAUCGCACUUGUGGACUCUGUGGUGACUACAAUGGUGUUCCUGUCUACAAUGAGUUGAUUUACAGUGAUCGAAUAAUUAGCCACAUUGAAUUUGGCAACAACCAAAAAGUUCAUCAUUUGAAUGAAGACUGUGAAGACACCUUUGAGGAGUAUGGAGAACCGCUUGAUGAUGUGCCACUCGUAGAUUCUUGCGAAGAGUUUAAAAACAAUUGCACCCAAAUGCUUCUUUCAGAGUCCUGGAGCCCCUGCACCCGAGUUAUUGACCCUGCGCCAUACGUGAAGGCUUGUGUUCAGGACAUGUGUGGCUGCAACAACCGCACAAAUAACUUUUGUGUCUGCAGCACACUUUCCGAGUUCUCUCGACAGUGUUCCCACGCCGGCGGACAGCCUCCCAACUGGAGAACACCACAAUUCUGUGGUAUUCAGUGCCCAUACAACAUGGUGUACGAGGAGAGUGGUUCUCCAUGCAUGGACACGUGCACGCACCUGGACACAAGUUCACUGUGUGAGGACCACAGAAUGGACGGCUGCUUUUGUCCUCCUGGAACUGUGUUUGAUGACAUUUCCAUGAGAGGGUGCAUCGCUCAAUCUGAAUGUCAGUGCAAGCACGAUAGAAUCUACAACUCCAGCGAGGGCUACCAACACGACAAGGAGAUAUGCACUUGUUUUCAGGGCAGAUGGUCUUGUCAGUAUCUGGAGACACCAGCUACAUGUGCAGUGGAGGAGGGCUCACAUGUAACCACCUUUGAUGGGAAAUCUUACACCUUCCACGGAGAUUGUUUUUACACACUAGCCAAGGAUAUAUCAAGUCCAAAGUUUACCAUCCAGGUCCAGUUGGCACCUUGUACAAACCAAGAGUUUGACACUUGUCUCAAGGCCCUGAAAAUCCUGCUUAACAAUGACAGAAACAAUGUACUGAUGUUCAUUUCUGAUGGGACAGUAAAGCAGAACCAACAAUCCAUCACUUUGCCGUACCAAACAGGGGAUAUCAACAUAUUCCACGCGUCGUCUUUUCACAUCUUGCUCGACACCUCUUUUGGGUUGCAAAUUCAAAUCCAGCAUGUGCCUCUCAUGCAAGUUUAUGUCAGGCUGGAGCCGAGUUACAAGGGGAAGACACGUGGUUUAUGUGGCAACUACAACCUUGCCUUGUAUGACGACUUUAAGACUCCUCAGGGGAUUGUUGAAGGAACGGCGACAAUGUUUAGUAACACCUGGAAGGCGAACCUCAUGUGUCGAGACACAAGGGAGAGACUUGAUGACCCCUGUUCUCUUAGCAUUGAAAACGAGUUGUACGCCAAACAUUGGUGCGCCUUGCUGUUACGUCCAAAUAGCACCUUUGAACAGUGCCAUUCAUUUGUGGAUCCUGAUGUUUACUACAAGCGCUGCACCUAUGCCAGCUGCAACUGUGACAAGAGUGAAGCCUGCCUGUGUGCUGUCUUCUCUUCCUAUGCCCGAGCCUGUGCAUCUAAGGGAGUCUUCUUGACGGACUGGAGGGCAAAUGUUUGCGACAAGUACACAAAGAGCUGCCCAGCAUCUCAGAUUUUCUCAUACAAGCAUCAACGCUGCGAGCUGACUUGUAGAUCACUGAGUUCAACACUGCAGACUUGCUCCUCUGACUUCCUGCCUGUGGAUGGCUGCUCCUGCCCUGAGGGUCAAUACCUAAAUGAAUAUGGCGUCUGCAUCCCCAAAGAGAAAUGUCCCUGUUAUCACAAUGAGGCCUUCAUCAAGCCUGGGAAGUCCAUCAACAUCAAAGACGAGCACUGUGUGUGCAGGAAUGGGGUGCUUCAUUGCCACUCUUGGAGAGCACGCUCAUCAACAUGCCCUCCACACAAAGUGUUCUUCAACUGCUCGAAUGCUGGCUCAGGAGAACUUGGAGUCCAAUGUGCACCUUCUUGUUUAAAUCUGGAUAGCGAUGAUUGUGACUCCAGCGAGUGUGAAUCCGGCUGUCAGUGUCCUCUUGGCCUUUUUGACGAUGGCAAAGGUUUCUGUGUGGAAAAAUCGGAUUGUCCAUGUCAGCAUAAUGGACAAAUCUAUGCCUCUGGAACGCAAAUUCCUAAUCAGUGCAACAUGUGCACUUGCAAAAGCGGAAAAUGGAAUUGCACAGAGGAAAAAUGCUCAGGAACGUGCAUUAUUUAUGGAAGUGGCCAUUACAGUACAUUUGAUCAGCGAUCAUAUGCGUUUCAAGGAGACUGCAGCUAUGUUGCAAUCAAGAACAAAUGUGGCAAUAAAACAGCACAGGACAACAUUGGAGUCAUUACAGAGAAUGUACCGUGUGGCUCUACAGGUACCACAUGCUCCAAAACUGUCCGAAUCCAGUUGGGGCGAAUGGAAAUUAAACUAUCAAAAGGAAAAUAUGAAGAGGUGGACCUAGGACAGGGCAGUCAAAUAAAUUACAAGAUAAGGAAGGUUGGCAUGUAUCUGGUCAUAGAAUCUGCUAUUGGAGUAGCAGUCAUGUGGGAUCGCAAAACAACUGUCCGCAUCCUCUUGGAACGUCAACACGGUGGAGAAGUAUGUGGCCUGUGUGGAGAUUUUGAUGGCAAUGGACAGAAUGACUUCACUACUCAGAACCAACUUUUAGUGAGCAGUGCUUUAGAAUUUGCCAACAGCUGGAAAACCAGCAGCAGUUGCCCAAACGUGGGAGCAAACACUGAUCCUUGUGUCGCAAAACCAAGCCGACAUCACUGGGCCAAAAUGAUGUGCAGCAUUAUACAUGGAGAAACAUUCAAACAAUGUCACAAUAAGGUGGAUCCACAGCCCUAUUAUGAGAACUGUGUGAAAGACUCAUGUGCAUGUGACACCGGAGGCGACUGUGAAUGUUUUUGUACUGCAGUUGCAGCUUAUGCUCAGGCUUGCAAUGAGGCCGGUGUGUGUGUGGCAUGGAGAACACCAGAUAUCUGUCCUGCCUUCUGUGAUUACUACAACAACCCACAUGAAUGCAGGUGGCAUUAUAACCCAUGUCAUCAACCAUGUUACAAAACCUGCUUAAAUCCAGAGGGAAUUUGUAGCAACCCCUUACCACAACUGGAGGGUUGUUACCCCGUGUGCCCGGAAGAUAAGCCCAUAUUUGAUGAGGAACACCAGAUAUGUGUCGAGGAAUGUGAAGGUUGCUUUUACAAUGGGACAAGAUAUGAUGAAUAUGAAGUUAUUUAUAAUGUGACUGACAACUUAGGAAUGUGCUACUAUGCAAUAUGUAUAAAUGCAACAGUGAUAUUUGGAAAUGAGACCUGCUCCACCACAACAGUGCCUCCUACAACAACCUCUACUCCUGUGACUGAAUCUUCUACGACAAUUGAAGGACCAACUACCAUCUACACAAAACCUACAGCCUCACCAACAGGACCUCCCACUACCACUGAGGAAUUAACCACAACAACACAAUCAACUACUCUAUCAACAACACCUGUCAAGACCACUGAAAAGCUGACCACAGUCACAAAGUCUACACCUCAGACAGAAACUACAAGUAGGGAGCCAACCACAACCAUGAUAUCGACCACGCCACAAACGGAGCCUCCAACGACAACUGAAGAAAAAACCACCACAAAAUCAACAUCCCAACCAACAGAACCGCCCACAACAACUGAAGUUCCAAGCACUACGCCGAAACCAUUCACAACAACACCCAUUGCAAGUUCAACCACCACAAUAUGUGUUACUGGAACAGAACCACCUCCAAACACGACUGAAGGAGCAACCACCACGACAACAAAAUCGACAAUACCCCCAACAACACCUAAAACUACAAAUGAGGGCGAAACCACCACGAUCACAAAAUUUACUUCAUCAUCAUCAGUACCCACCUCUACGACUCAAGGCCAAAAGACCACAACGAUAUCUGCUACCACAACGUCCACGACAUUUGAGGAACCUGUAACUGGAACCACAGAAAGCCCGGGUACUGGCCCUGUUGUUAGCAACAUUACAACACCAUCCAAAUUUCCCAACACAACAACUGAAGGUCCCACUGUGACUACACGAUCUACCACCACAUCAGCAGGACUCACCACAACAACCGAAGGUCCCACCACAACAACAAAAUUUACCACCACACCAUCAGCACCCACCACAACAACUGAAGGUCCCACAACUACAACACAAUCUACCACCACAUCAGCAGGACCCACCACAACAACUGAAGGUCCCACGUCAACAAUAAAAUUAACAACCACACCAGUAGGACCCACCACAACAACCGAAGGUCCCACUACGACAACAAAAUCUACCAACACACCAGCAGGACCCACCACAACAACUGAAGGUCCCACAACUACAACACAAUCUACUACCACACCAGCAAGACCCACCACAACAACUGAAGGUCCCACUACAACAAUAAAAUCUACCACCACACCAGCAGGACCCACCACAACAACUGAAGGACCCACUACGACAACAGGAUCUACCAUCACACCAGCAGGACCCACAACAACAACGAUUGGUCCCACAACUACAACGCAAUCUAGUACCACACCAGCAGGACCCACCACAACAACUGAAGGUCCCACUUCAACAAUAAAAUCAACAACCACACCAUCAGUACCCACCACAACAACCGAAGGUCCCACUACGACAACAAAAUCCACCACCACACCAGCAGGACCCACCACCACAACCGAAGGUCCCACAACAACACAGUCUACGACCACACCAGCAAGACCCACCACAACAACUAAAGGUCCCACUACAACAAUAAAAUCAACAACCACACCAGCAGGACCCACCACAACAACUGAAGGUCCCACUACGACAACAGAAUUUCCUCCCACACCAGCAGGACCCACCACAACAACUGAAGGACCCACUACGACAACACGAUCUACCACCACACCAGCAGGACCCACCACAACAACUGUAGCUCUCACAACUACAACACAAUCUACUUCCACACCAGCAGGACCCACCACAACAACACGAUCUACCACCACACCAGCAGGACCAACCACAACAACUGUAGGUCCCACAACUACAACACAAUCUACUACCACACCAUCAGGACCCACCACAACAACUGAAGGUCCCACUACGACAACAGAGUCUACCACCACACCAGGUCCCACGACGACAACAGAGUCUACCACCACACCAGCAGGACCCACCACAACAACUGAAGGUCCCACUACGACACCAAAAUCAACAACCACACCAGCAGGACCCACCACAACAACUGAAGGUCCCACUACGACAACAAAAUCAACAACCACACCAGCAGGACCCACCACAACAACACGAUCUACCACCACACCAGCAGGACCCACCACAACAACUGUAGCUCUCACAACUACAACACAAUCUACUUCCACACCAGCAGGACCCACCACAACAACACGAUCUACCACCACACCAGCAGGACCCACCACAACAACUGUAGGUCCCACAACUACAACACAAUCUACUACCACACCAUCAGGACCCACCACAACAACUGAAGGUCCCACUACGACAACAGAGUCUACCACCACACCAGCAGGACCCACCACAACAACUGAAGGUCCCACUACGACACCAAAAUCAACAACCACACCAGCAGGACCCACCACAACAACUGAAGGUCCCACUACGACAACAAAAUCAACAACCACACCAGCAGGACCCACCACAACAACUGAAGGUCCCACUACGACAACACGAUCUACCACCACACCAGCAGGACCCACCACAACAACUGAAGGACCCACUACGACAACACGAUCUACCACCACACCAGCAGGACCCACCACAACAACUGUAGCUCUCACAACUACAACACAAUCUACUUCCACACCAGCAGGACCCACCACAACAACACGAUAUACCACCACACCAGCAGGACCCACCACAACAACUGUAGGUCCCACAACUACAACACAAUCUACUACCACACUAUCAGGACCCACCACAACAACUGAAGGUCCCACUACGACAACAGAGUCUACCACCACACCAGCAGGACCCACCACAACAACUGAAGGUCCCACUACGACACCAAAAUCAACAACCACACCAGCAGGACCCACCACAACAGCUGAAGGUCCCACUACGACAACACGAUCUACCCCCACACCAGCAGGACCCACCACAACAACUGAAGGACCCACGACGACAACACGAUCUACCACCACACCAGCAGGACCCACCACAACAACUGUAGGUCCCACAACUACAACACAAUCUACUACCACACCAGCAGGACCCACCACAACAACUGAAGGACCCACUACGACAACACAAUCUACCACCACACCAGCAGGACCCACCACAACAACUGAAGGUCCCACUACAACAACAAAAUCAACAACCACACCAGCAGGACCCACCACAACAACUGAAGGUCCCACUUCAACAAUAAAAUCAACAACCACACCAGCAGGACCCACGACAACAACUGUAGGUCCCACAACUACAACACAAUCUACUACCACAUCAGUAGGACCCUCCACAACAACUGAAGGUCCCACGACGACACCAAAAUCAACAACCACCUCAGCAGGACCCACCACAACAACCGAAGGUCCCACUUCAACAAUAAAAUCAACAACCACACCAGCAGGACCCACGACAACAACUGAAGGUCCCACUACGACAACAAAAUCUACCACCACACCAGCAGGACCCACCACAACAACUGAAGGUCCCACGACGACAACAAAAUCUACCACCACACCAGCAGGACCCACCAUAACAACUGAAGGUCCCACUACGACAACACGAUCUACCACCACACCAGCAGGACCCACCACAACAACUGAAGGUCCCACGACGACAACAAAAUCUACCACCACACCAGCAGGACCCACCAUAACAACUGAAGGUCCCACUACGACAACACAAUCUACCACCACACCAGCAGGACCCACCACAACAACUGAAGGUCCCACUUCGACAACACGAUCUACCACCACACCAGCAGGACCCACCACAACAACUGAAGGUCCCACUACGACAACACGAUCUACCACCACACCAGCAGGACCCACUACAACAACUGAAGGUCCCACUACGACAACAAAAUCUACCACCACACCAGCAGGACCCACCACAACAACUGAAGGUCCCACAACUACAACAAAAUCUACUACCACACCAGCAGGACCCACCACAACAACCGAAGGUCCCACUACGACAGUAAAAUCUACAACAACAUCAGCAGAACCCACCACAACAACUGAAGGUCCCACUUCAACAAUAAAAUCAACAACCACACCAGCAGCACCCACCACAACAACUGAAGGACCCACGACGACAACACGAUCUACCACCACACCAGCAGGACCCACCACAACAACUGUAGGUCCCACAACUACAACACAAUCUACUACCAAACCAGCAGGACCCACCACAACAACUGAAGGACCCACUACGACAACACGAUCUACCACCACACCAGCAGGACCCACCACAACAACUGAAGGUCCCACGACGACAACAAAAUCUACCACCACACCAGCAGGACCCACCACAACAACUGAAGGUCCCACCACGACAACACGAUCUACCACCACACCAGCAGGAACCACUACAACAACUGAAGGUCCCACUACGACAACAAAAUCUACCACCACACCAGCAGAACCCACCACAACAACUGAAGGUCCCACAACUACAACACAAUCUACCACCACACCAGCAGGACCCACCACAACAACCGAAGGUCCCACUACGACAGUAAAAUCUACAACAACAUCAGCAGGACCCACUACAACAACUGAAGGUCCCACUAUGACAACACGAUCUACCACCACACCAGCAGGACCCACCACAACAACUGAAGGUCCCACGACGACAACAAAAUCUACCACCACACCAGCAGGACCCACCAUAACAACUGAAGGUCCCACUACGACAACACGAUCUACCACCACACCAGCAGGACCCACCACAACAACUGAAGGUCCCACUUCGACAACACGAUCUACCACCACACCAACAGGACCCACCACAACAGCUGAAGGUCCCACUACGACAACACGAUCUACCACCACACCAGCAGGACCCACUACAACAACUGAAGCAUUAUAG